CUAGAGGUCAACAUAGUUCCCUUACCGCAGUAAGAGAGGAGCCGUCGAGGCGGGGCGAUAGCAAAUCAUCUUCGGCCGACCGGGACAGCAGCCCAUUCGGCGACGAAAAUGCCUUACGAGACUAAACUAGCCGCGAUCUAACGUCAUUUCGUGUAUGAGGGGAUAUGGGAAACGCGCGCAAAUGGGGGGGGACCUCGUCCACUUAUAAGUCUACUUCUGGUAUUUACUUCCUUAGUCUGGACCUUUUUUCUUUCUUGUUAUUGUUUGUCGAUCAGCAAAAUCUGUUCUUGUUGAUUCUUUUCAUACCACCUGUUGCUCAAACCCACGCAGCCGGGACGAGGUCUGGGCUGGAUCUUUUCUUCUUUGAUGGUACGGCGUCUUGGCUUAGAGAUACGAAUGAAUGGAACAGCCUCAGGAGCAGCUCGGGCAGACUGGUCGCUGUGUCUAGCUACCAUUGCUGCUAGCGCUGCCUUUUUCGCUAUCUCAUCUAAUAUAAUCGUAAGACUUUCUCAACAUAUAUCAAGAGCAUAUUGCCUCCUGCAAGUCGCUUUAGUUGCA